GUCUUUUGUCGAUUUUGUACCGUCACUUUUGGAUUGGUCGUGAGCGUAUUAGUGAUUUGGUUUCAUUAUAAAUUUUGUUACCAAAAUUUUGAAAACUAGGACAUUUUCGAAUACGAAAUUUGCUCUGGAGAGUUCAAGUUGAAGCCGAAAAAUUAAAUCAUUGAAUAUUCUAAUGUGAAAGAAAGAAAGAAAAAUGGGCACACCACUGAAAAACUGGGAAUUAUUUUUGUUGCUAUCAAUUUUAUCAUUCUGUGUAUCAAUUGGCUCAGUGCAAGGAUUACAAUGUUAUGUGUGCUACUCAGAUAAAUUGGAAGAUUGUUCAACGCUUCAUUCGAUUGAAGAGUUGCCACUUGAAUUAUGCCCGGCUGAUGUUGCGUCAUGCUUUACCCGAAUCGAACACGGUAUCACAAUCCGUGGAUGUUUAUCGCAUCGCGAGCAAACGCUAUGUGAACCAGGAUCUUGUUCAUUUUGCCGAUCAAAUAAAUGUAAUGCACAGAUUUUUCCCGAGGAUCGCCUUAGUUGCUUGCACUGCGAAGGUAGCAUUUGUGUCAAUCAAACGAAUACCAUCGAUGUGAGGUAUCCGUGUUCCAAUUAUGUUGCAGAUGAUGAAUGCUACAGUGUUUUUUCAUAUGAUGGAAAUUUAGCCUACCGUGGCUGCAUGUCCGAUAUCAGCAGUGCAGGCAGAGAUUUUUGCCUAAAAAACUAUGCACAGUGCGAUCGAUGCAAUAAGCGAGCGUGCAAUUCGGAGCAAGUACGGUUUGAGGAGAAAAUCUCAUGCGUCAAGUGCAAUCCAGAUGAAAAUUCCAAUUGCAACUUAAUUGAAGAAAAUAUCACGGCAAUCGAGUGCGCUCCAACGACAUUGGGUUAUAAGAAUCUGUGUUAUACUUUACAAAGUGGCCGUGUUGCGCAUCGCGGCUGUUUGUAUGAGGCUCCCGAAGAGAUUUUCGUCGAAUGUGACAAUACUUACAGCGAAGUCUGUUUGACAUGCAAUCAAAGCGACUGCAACCGAACACCGGUUGUUAACGAAGAUCUCGCAUUGAAUCCGUUCCAUUAUGAAAUAUCUUACAACGAAGGCCAAUUUAAAUUGGUUCAAUGUGAUAAUUCAAGCUGCACCAAAUUGAAUCCAUGGGAGAGAUUUUGCUACAAAUGCGAUUCAAACAUUAAUCCAAACUGCACAAAUGAACUAGACGAUACGAUGCUUGGAUUGUGUGAUGUUAACCGAGAAGAUUUGGGCUGCUAUCACAUGAUUACAGAUGGAUCCGGAGUCAUUCGUGGCUGUGUUUCAGAUUUAGAAGGGGAAAUCAAACAAAAAUGUUUGGACAAUGAUGAUUCUUGUAAAACUUGCACCGAUCCCAAUUGUAAUUCAAGAGCAAAUUUUUCGCAGUGCCUUGUUACAGACGAAGAUCAAAGCAGUGCGUGGAAUAAUUUUCAAUCGCUAUCGUCGCCAAAAAUGUGCGAAAAAUAUGACGAAAAGUGCUUCAUUCAAGUGAUCAAAGAAGAUACAGUCAUUCGUGGAUGUGUCGAUACGUAUGCAGCUCAGAAUGAUUUGCCGUCAAAUUUCUUGAAUGCAGUCGAAAACAAGAGAACUUAUGAAAUUUGCUCGGGACCUUUGUGCAAUAAUAAAGAAGUGGAGCCAAUGUACUGCAUGACAUGUAAUUCGACUGAUGAAAAUUGUAUCGAAGAUCCGCGUCGUAUGUAUUUGAUAAAAAGAUGCAGACCACUGGAAGUGGAUCACUCCGGUUGUUAUCACUUUGAUAAUGGAAGCUACGUGGAGAGAGGGUGCAUUGCGAAUCUUGAUGAAAAACAACGUGCUGAAUGCGAAUCGAAUAGUGAUGAAUGUAAAAAAUGCCUUAGAAACGAGUGUAACAGCAAAAAACAAUUUUUAAAAUGCAUCUGGAGCAUCAAUGAAGACGUGUCUCGUCCGUCGAAACAGUGUCGAAAUUACAACGAUGAAUGUUUCAUUCUUGUGAAAAAUGCAACGGUUAAACGGGGAUGUUUAAGCGAUUGGAUCGACUCACCCGUUCCUGGCAUUGAUAUUCUAUCUGAUCGUCGUAAUUCAGAUAUUUACGAACGAUGCUCGCUUGUCAAUUGUAACAAACGAGAAAUCGAGCCUGAGUAUUGCCUGGUUUGUUCAUCAGACGAUAAAAUACAUUGCAAGUAUGGCCCAACUGCUGAAAUGAAACAAAAAUGUCCAAUGCGGGUGAAGAAACUUGGAUGUUAUCUGCAGGAAGGUGAUAUUGUCAAACGGGGAUGUGUAUCAGAAUUUAGCCGUGAAGAACGACAUGCAUGUGUGAAUGACACUUGCAAAAUAUGCAAAGGAGACACUUGCAAUGCAAAACGAUCGUUUGAAGUAUGCAAAACUUGUUCAUCACGAAAUGAUGAAUAUUGUAUAUCAAAACCAUGGAUGGCUAGUGAAAGAAUAUGCCCAAAUUAUAUGGAUCAAUGUUAUGUUCAUGUUAAAAAAGGAAUUGUUCAACGGAACUGUAUCGGCGAAUUUUUCGUCACUACCCUCGGAGAAUGCAUCAAUUCGGUCGAAGAUUGCACUAAAUCCGAAUACUGUUUACCAUGCACUGGUUAUAAGUGCAAUGGGAAUGCUAUUACUCCAGAAGUUUGCAUUGUUUGUGAUUCACACCAAAAUGCAACAUGCAAAUCCAUUUCAAUGUACCAAGAACAAUUCUUUACUCAGGAAUGCCCACUGUCGGUUGAACCACAAGGAUGUUAUCAUUUUGUUAGCAAAGAGGAUGGUCGCCAUAUAAGAGGCUGUGUCAGUCAAUUAUCUGCCGAAGAGAGAAAGCGGUACAAUGAAAAGAACGAUGAGUUUAAAAUUUGCAAAGGACCCAAAUGUAAUUCACAGCAUGGUCUGGAAAGAUGUUUGAUUUGUAAUUCAACGGUGAAUCCAGAUUGUGCCACCAGCCCGAAUUCAUCGUACAGCAAAGUGUGUGAUAACUACAAAAAUAUGUGUUUUACUCAAAUUUUGCAACAAGAGGUUAUAAGAGGUUGUUUGAACGAUCUUAAAGAGGCGUCUCGAGUGAAAUGUCAAUACAACGAAGCCAGGUGCGGAAUUUGUUCAACGUCUGACGGUAUCGGAUGCAAUAAUGAACCGGUCGAAAUGGACACGUGUAUUGAAUGCGAUUCAACUGAUGAUGAAGGCUGUCGAUUGACGCCCAAAGAAAGUGAUCAGAAAAUAUGUGCCCAUAUCAAACUCACGAAGCAAAAGGGCUGCUACUUGGGCAUUGUUGGUCCACAUGUAAAGAGAGGUUGUAUUCAGGAUUUAACACCAUCCGCAGGACACGAAUGUACGAACGGAUCACCAGCGUGCAAGAGCUGUAAUUGGACGAACUGUAAUUUAAAGCCUACUUUCCACGAAUGCUACAGCUGUAACAGUAAAAAUGACCCACGCUGCACCAGACAGCAAUCGACCAAGACGGAAAUAUGCCAGUCAUAUCACAGCGCUUGUACAACCGGUAUAGAUGAAUUGGGCUAUACUCAUCGGGCAUGCGAUGAGGAUACUAAGGCUGUAUUCUUGAAACAGUCCAAAAAAUGUAUGGACAUUAAGUGCAACUAUGAAAUAUUUCCCGAAAAUCGACUCAAGUGUUACCAGUGCAAUGGUAAUGAAGACUGCAAUUUUAUGUCACCGAAUUCGACAGAUGUUGAUUUGCAACCGCAACCAUGUGGUAUUUCAUCAGUCUUUGAUCAGUGCUUUACUUAUAUCAAUAAAGAUAAUAAAAUGUUCAGAGGAUGUUUGAGUGAUUCGACGCCAAUUCGAUUGGAAUGUGAAGCGUAUGGAGAUAAUAAGCAGGGAAAUUGUGUCAAGUGCAAGGGUUCUGGCUGUAAUGACCAACCAAAGGUGAAACAGGCAGAAUUGUCUUGCACAAAAUGCAGUGAUGCCAAAGAGUGUGCAUUCGGUCAAAGUUUAUCCGCGGCGAUUGUUUGCUUGAAUGAUGUUACGUUUGGUGACCAAGAAAGCUGUUUCGUUCACACAAUUCCUGGCUCUUCUACAGUUGAACGUGGCUGCACACUUGAUGUGAACGCAACAAAUUGGUGCAAAGAAGAAAUUGGAUGCGAAAAAUGUUUACGUAAAGGUUGUAACACACAAAACGUUCGACACAGUUGGUGCUUGCGUUGCCAAAGUGAUGUCAAAGGCGACUGUGCAAAAAUUUCGAAUCCAAAUGAAUUUAUCGAGGAAUGUGAUCAUUUGCCGUAUACUUAUAGCAAAAGGGGAUGCUACACCAUUUUCAGAGGUGGAAAUGUGACUCGCGGCUGUAAUAUAGACCUAAGCGAAGAUGAAUAUGAAAAUUGUCGAAGAGAUGAUUCAUGCGAAUUGUGCUCUGAUGACUAUUGUAACAAAGAAGAAAUAAUCAACUCUGGCGUGAACACAUCAGCAAGCACUUUGAUGUGUCUCUACGCCAUUUUGGUUACAUAUCUUGUACAGGUUUACAAAAAAAUGGUUGGUAGAAUAUUUGGAGACUGGAAAAGCUAUUGUUUAUUGCUAACAAUUUCGAUUCUCUCUAGUUUAUUUGGAAGCUCACGUGGUAAACAAUGUUACGUGUGCACAUCGGAAGAGUCAAAUAUCUGUUCAACUUUAGUUCCGUCUGAGGAGUUGCCAAUCAUUUCAUGUCCCAUUGAUAUUUCAUCAUGUUUUACAAAAUCCGAACAUGGAAUCACUGUUCGAGGUUGUUUAUUGCGUCAAGAGCAGAGCCACGGUAGCAACAACUCUUUCGUCCCAUGUGAAACGAACGAAUGUAAUGUGCACACUUUUCCUGGAUAUCAACCUUCAUUUCAAGGAGAUCGAUUUAAAGCUAACAACACCAAUCUCGACCUCAAUCCGUUCCAUUUGGAUGUUGUUCACGAAGGAGGCAAUACAAAGCUACUCCCUUGUGACAAUGAAAAAUGCACCAAGAUUAAUUCAUGGGAAAGAAGCUGCUUUAAAUGUGAUACCAAAGAUGAUUCAAACUGUGCAAACGGAGUAAACGAUUCAAUGAGACAAAUGUGUCCGUUUGCUGAUGAAGACUUGGGUUGCUUCCACAUGAUCAAUGAUUCAAACGUCAUCCGUGGCUGCGUCGUAGAGCUUGACGAGUCUGAAAAGCAGAAGUGCCUGGCAAAUGACGACUCAUGCAAGUCAUGUUUUGAAACCGAUGGAUGUAAUCGACAACAGAGUUUCUCCGAAUGUUUUGUAACUGAUCAGCCGAUUAGUAACCUAUCGCCACCGAACGUCUUCGAAACCAAAUCAUGGCCAAAAAUCUGUGCAAAAUAUAACGACACGUGUUUUACUCAAGUGCUUGAAAACGAUACAGUGAUUCGAGGGUGUCUUGACGAAUACGCCGCUAAAAAUGAUCUACCGGCAAGAUCCUUAUCGAAGAUUGAAGGGAACAAUCGAAGAUAUCAAGUGUGCUCGACGCCUUUGUGUAAUGGAAAACAGCUGACCGCAUCGUUUUGUUAUGCCUGUAAUUCAAUAGAUAAGCCAAGAUGUGCCACUGAACCGAGCAUGUUCAAAAAGAAAUGUCCAUUAGAAAUAAAUCCAUCCGGUUGUUAUCAUUUUAUAAACGGGAGUUACAUAACACAGUCAAGUUACGUGGAAAGAGGUUGCGUUGCUGGGCUCAUUGGCAAUCAACGUAAGAACUGUGAAUCGAACAGUGAAACAUGUAAAACAUGUGCUGGAAAUGUAUGCAAUAAGAAAUCGAGAUUCCAAAAAUGCAGGUUUAGUGUAGACGCCUUUGGCGGUAGAAUAAAGACAUGCCAAAAAUACGAUGAUGUUUGCUAUCUGUACGUUUACAAUAACACAGUGCGACGCGGUUGUUUGAAUGAACUAAUUGAUGAGCCAGUUGUAGGACAUGACAUCAUAUCCGACUGUAAAAACAAUCCAGAUGUAUGCGAAAUCUGUUCGGGCUUCUUUUGCAACACUCGAGAUAUAUUAAGAAACCACUGUAUCUCUUGCACAUCAUUGACGAACAUAACUUGUAGCUACCAUCCAACGGUCGAUAUGAAGGUGUUUUGUCCAUACACUUUAAAUCGACUCGGAUGCUACGAUUGGAAGUCAAUCAAAUGGGGUAACAUUUUCGUUGAACGUGGCUGCGUUACCAAUCUUGCACCUGAGAUGAAACGUGAAUGCCAAUCUUCGAGUGAUACCUGCAAAAUUUGUCAAGGAAUUGCAUGCAAUGACAAAAUUUCGUUUCCACAUUGUCUUGAUUGCUCUUCCGAAGAUGAUGAUGAUGAUUGUCGAGAGGGUGAUGGGGACGAACGCACUGCUUUGAACUUAAAAACACGACAUUGUCCAAAUUAUAUGGAUCAGUGUUACACUCGCGUUGAAAAUAAUAUAGUUACGCGAAAUUGUACAGAUGAAGUUGUGAACACUCCCGUAAAUUGUCAAUUUGAUUCGGAGAGUUGCCACCUUUGUGACGGUUUGAGAUGCAACGGAAGAUCUAUCGAGCGUAAUUUAUGUGUAUCUUGCGAUUCGGACACGAUACCAAAUUGUCGAUCGAAGACUAUGAUCAAUGAUGAGACUCUUUUCAGAGAAUUUCCGUUCACACUCUAUGAUCGGGGAUGCUUUCAUUUUGUCAUGAAUGACACUGACCGGCACAUAAGAGGUCACGUCAGUCAAUUAACUGAUGAACAAUAUAGGCAGUUCGAAGCAACUGGAGAUGAAUUUAGAAUUUGCAAAGGAGCAAAAUGUAAUUCGAGGCCAUCUCUGCCGCGAUGUUUAGUUUGUAACUCAACAGAAGAUCCCAAAUGCGCUACAAAUCCCAGCUUAUUGCAAUCUCAGGUGUGUCCAAACUACCAAAAUCGAUGUUUCACUUAUAUUGGCAAGAAUAAUGUGAUUCGAGGAUGUUUACAUGAUAUGGAUCACAAUGAAGAUUUUCAAAAAAAAUGCGAAAGCCAACCCGACAAAUGCGCCAUUUGCCCGGCUAACGAUGGCGGUGUAUGCAAUAAUGUGAAGUUAAACAUGGAGACGUGCAUCGAGUGUCAGUCAUCAAUUGAUCCACGCUGUCGAACGCAUCCCGAUGUUAUGAAAGAAACCAUUUGUGAUAAUUUCCAAAAUAAACGAUCUGUACAAAUAGGAUGCUACUUGAAAAUUGACGGUGAUAAAUUUCACAGAGGAUGUAUCAAAGAUCUUGAACCAGCAAGUGCAACCCAGUGCUUAGACAAUUCGGUUACUUGCAAAAGUUGCACGGAAGCGAGAUGUAAUGCGAAAGCCAAAUUUCAAGAAUGCUAUGGUUGCAAUGGUGAAAAUGAACCACUAUGUGCAAAGAAUACUGAAUUGAUGAGCACCAAAAUUUGUAAGGACUAUCAUAGUUCGUGUGCGAUUGGAAUCGACAAAAAUGGAUUUACUCACAGACGAUGCUUCAACGUAUUAUCAAACUUAAACAAGGAAUUUCCAAACAACACAUUCACUUGUGAUGAAGACAAGUGCAAUGUUGAAAUAUUUCCGAAUUAUCGUUUGAAAUGUUAUCAGUGCAACGGCAACGAAGCAUGUAAUCUUGAUACUUCUAUGAAACCGGAACCAUGUCGCAUUUACACAGAAUAUGAUCAAUGUUUUACGUAUAUGGGUGAAGAUAAAGAAGUGUUCAGAGGAUGUUUGAGUGAUUCAUCAAAAGAACGAAUUUUGUGUGAACGAAAUGAUAAGGGUACGUGUGUUGAAUGCUCCGAUACAGGCUGUAACAAUCAACCAAAAGUAAGACAACCCAAAUUGGCUUGUGUGAAUUGCACUGGUUCAGAUGAAUGCGCAUUCGGCUAUAACGCAUCGAUGGCAGUUCCAUGCAAAAAGGAUGUCGAAUUGGGUGACGAGGAAAGUUGCUUCACUCGAUCGAUUAAUGGCACUGAACACGUCGAACGCGGUUGUACUCUUGAUAUUGAUUCAAAGUUGAAUGAGGAGUAUAAAACAUGCUCAGAGCCUGGUUGUAAUAUUGGAAACGUUCGAUUCAGUUGGUGUUUGCGGUGUCAGAGUGGUAUCGAUGGAAAUUGCUCUGUGAUUCAAAGUCCAUUCGAAUACAUUCAGCAUUGUGACCAUUCGGUUUAUACUUACGAUAGAAGAGGAUGCUUCACAAGCCAUCAAAAUGGAAUCAUUAGUCGUGGAUGCACUGCCGAUUUAACCGAGGAAGAAUAUGAAAAAUGUCAUGGUGAUGACUCGUGCACCUUUUGCACCGAUGAUUAUUGUAAUAAAGAGAAAAUUAAUGCCGGCAUACAAGUGUCAGCGAGCUUAUUGUUGUGCCCAUUAGCCUUCUUCAGUACUUAUAUCCAGCGCAUAAAUUAAAUGUCGAAGCUUUUAAUAUUUUGCUAAAAUGAAUGAAAUACCUAUGAAUAACUUACUUUCGAAAGCGAACAAAUGAUUAG